AUGACCAAUCAGUAUUACUUGGCAAUUGUUGGACGCCAUGACAAUCCACUCUUUGAGAUUGAAUUGUCGGCUACUAAAGGUGGCGAUGUUAUUGGUGGAUCACGAGAGCAGAAUGCUAAUAAAAGAGAAGAUCAUAAGCAUUUAAAUCAGUUUAUAGUCCAUUCGUCACUGGAUAUCGUCGAUGAGGUGAUGUGGAAUACUAAUUCCAUGUAUUUAAAGGUUAUAGAUAAGUUCAAUGAAUGGCUAGUUUCUGCCUUGGUUACCGCUGGUGCUAGAUUUAUUGUUUUACAUGACGCUAAAAACGAGGAUGGCAUCAAGAAUUUUUUUGGUGAAGUUUACGAACUCUUUGUAAAGGUCCUAAUGAAUCCUUUCUAUGACAUUGGAACACCAAUUGAAAUGCCAGCAUUUGAAAAGAAAGUCCUGAAUGCAGCGAGAAAGCAUUUAUUUAACUAA